ACGGCAGGGGCGGCCCAGUUCUCGCGAGGCUUCCGCUCUGACGGGAAGCGGCGGCAGCGCCGCGUGGGGUACGGAUGCGCUCGGAGGAUGGAGCCGGGGGCCCCGGUGUGGCCGUUGCUACGCGGGGUCCGAGCGGGAGGGAGAAACCAUCAUCCGCAGAAAGCCAGUUCCGCCGGGAGUCUCCGCGGCGGGAGGCCGAAGCGCCGCUGGCCUCCUUCUCCAGCUGUGGGAGCGGCGCAGGCAAACCUCGCGAGGAAAAGAGGACGGUCUUGAGCAAAGUGGUCAUCCGGCGGCUUCCCCCCAGCCUCACCAAGGAGCAGCUGGAACAGCAGCUGCACCCGCUGCCUGCACACGAUUACUUCGAGUUCUUUACUGCUGAUGUCAGUCUUUAUCCUCAUCUCUACUCAAGAGCAUACAUUAACUUUAGAAAUCCAGAUGACAUCCUUCUUUUUAGAGAUCGUUUUGAUGGAUAUAUCUUCAUUGAUAGUAAAGGGCUAGAAUAUCCUGCAGUGGUAGAAUUUGCUCCAUUCCAGAAGAUAGCGAAAAAGAAGCUAAAGAAAAAAGAUGCCAAAACCGGAAGCAUUGAAGAUGACCCAGAGUAUAAGAAAUUUUUAGAAACUUACUGUGUGGAGGAGGAGAAAACUAGUGCCAGUCCUGAAACUCUUCUGGGAGACAUAGAGGCAAAGACACGAGAACUUAUUGGUCUCAGCCCUGCAGCAGCUGACAAGUCCAGAACCUCCACAGUGCAGAGCAGAGUCCUCACUCAUUUCCAGCCGUGCCUCCACCCCAUGGAUACCAAAAUCUCUAGAAGAACCACACCUCUCUUGGAAUAUAUUAAAAACAGAAAAUUAGAGAAGCAGCGAAUUCGAGAAGAAAAACGAGAGGAGCGGAGGAGGAGGGAGCUGGAAAAGAAGCGCCUACGGGAAGAAGAGAAGCGGCGGCGGCGGGAGGAGGAGAAGUGCAGGAGGAAAGCAGCAGAAAAGCAGAAGAAAACGGCGGCUGAGAAGGAAGUAAGGAUGAAGCUUCUCAAAAAACCAGAAAAGGGAGAGGAGCCGAGCACUGAGAAACCAAAAGAAAGAGCGGAGGAGAUCGACCCUGGAGAUGGGAGGUGGGAGCCCUGUCCCAGUGGGACGGUCCUGAAGCCCAAGCCCUCGGGGGGCUCGCUGGAGGAGCUCUGGGAGAGGUCACAAAAUGACAGUGAUAAAGAGCAAAGGGAUAAGGAGAGAAGAUCCCGAGAAAAAGAACUUGAAGCACAACGAUGCCACUCGGAUGACAGCAGGAAACACAGAGCCCACUGUGAGCUGGAGAAAUGUGCAGGAAGAAGCGGAGAAGAGCUGGCGUGGGGGAAAGGACUGGCCGCAGACAGAGGGAGGAAAGGAAGCCAGGACGGUGGCUGCCCUGCGGAAGCGGCCGAGAGGCUGGGAAGGGAGAAGAGCGAAGACUGGCCAGCACCCAGAAAGGAGCGCAUGGGAAACAAGGACCGGUCAGGCUUGCAGCUGUACCAGCCCAGAUCGCGCAUCCAAGCCCGUGACUGUGAUGGAAGACACCCCGAGGAGGGCCGCAACGGGAGGAGGGGUGAGGUGGAAGACUCAACGGUGGCUUUAGCUGAGAAGAGUGAAGAGGUGGUGUGGGGCGACAUGCAUGUUGGUGAUGUGGGUCGGGGCUCCCCACCUCAACACUCUGUGGAUUUGAGAGGGCGUUCCUUCCGGAAGUGUAUAAAUUAGCCUGGGAUAAAACCUGCACACUGAAUUUACUCCUAGUGAAGAAAUGAGAAACCAGAACUAUAAAGGUGGCAUAGAAAUACAAGAAACCGUUCUUAAGUAAUCUUUUAAAACUUUGAACAGAGUUACAGAUUUUACCAUUUCUGUUAUAAACUGGUAUAUAUAAUUUAACCAGAACCAAAAGAAAAUUAGUAUUGUGUGAAUUCUGAAGCACUUUCAACAUGUUGUAGGAAUACCGUGGACUUUGAGUUUUACGCAUUCAUGAGUAAAUGGUCUGUAUCUCGUGCCUUUUUUGGUUUUCUGUGAGCUGUAGUUUCUUGGAAGUGAGCAGCUCUCAUUCCUUGUAACUCUUGUAAUUCGGUCACUCAUGUACCUCCUUUCAUAAGAAUUCACUAAGGCUGUGGUGCUGUUGUCCCUCUGAUAGGAACUCUAACUCUGUAUAAAGCCCCAAAGGUCUAAUUGUUGCCCUUUUAACACUAUGGCCACUGAAUUAACAAAAACAGUUCCAGUCUUUUUGAUGGGGUGCUCAUGGUUUAUAACAUACAUGGCAUUAUUUUGAAAGAGGGAUAACUUAGGUAUGGCAUUGGGUAUUUUUCUCUUUGCAGCCUGAGGCAGUUGUAAAAUAACUUAAUGUAGCUUUUUGCAACUGUGUAUUCUAUAAUACUUUUUCUUUUGGUGAAAUUUUAAAUGUUAAUGUUUUUGGCAUUGUGCUCUUUGUACCAUUUAUUAAAUAAAAAUUUUAGUUGCUAUGAAUUUGAA